AUGGCCGGAGGCGCGGAGCGAGGCCGCGGGGGCGCGGGCUGGGGGCUGCGCGGCGCCCUGGCCGCCGUGGCCCUGCUCUCGGCGCUCAAUGCUGCGGGCACGGUGUUCGCGCUGUGCCAGUGGCGCGGGCUGAGCGCGGCGCUGCGAGCGCUGGAGGCGCAGCGUGGCCGGGAGCAGCGCGAGGACAGCGCCCUGCGCGCCUUCCUGGCGGAGCUGAGUCACGCACCUCACCGGGCGCCCACGCCACCGCCAGACCCUGUGAGCGCCGCGCGCAACAAGCGCAGCCACGGCGGGGAGCCGGCGCAGCACAUCCGCGCCGAGAGCCACGACAUGCUGUUGAUGAUGACCUACUCCAUGGUGCCGAUCCGAGUGAUGGUGGACCUGUGCAACAGCACCAGGGGUAUCUGCCUGACAGGACCACCUGGCCCAGCAGGACCUCCAGGAAUUGGUGGGUUACCAGGACACAACGGAUCAGAUGGACAGCCUGGUCUCCAGGGCCCAAAAGGUGAAAAAGGAGCAAAUGGAAAAAGAGGAAAAAUGGGGCCACCUGGAGCCACAGGAACUCCAGGGGAAAAGGGAGACCCUGGUGAGCUGGGCUUGACUGGAAACGAGGGCCCAGCAGGGCAGAAGGGUGACAAGGGAGACAAAGGGGACGUGUCUAAUGAUGUGCUUCCUUCAGGUGCCAAAGGUGACCAAGGCCCACCCGGCCCACCUGGGCCCCCGGGCCCUCCGGGUCCCCCAGGGCCCCCUGGAAGCAGAAGAUCCAAAGGCCCUCGUCAGCCAAACAUGUUCAACGGCCAGUGCCCAGGUGAGACGUGUGCUGUACCAAAUGAUGAUACCUUGGUUGGAAAAGCUGAUGAGAAAGUCAGUGAACACCAUUCCCUGCAAGCAGAAUCCAUGAUCACGUCCAUUGGAAAUCCAACACAAGUUUUGAAAGUUAAAGAGACGUUUGGGACUUGGAUAAGAGAGUCUGCUAACAAGAGUGAUGAACGGAUCUGGGUGACUGAACAUUUUUCAGGCCUCAGGGUGAAGGAAUUCCAGGACCAGCCCUCACUGCUGAACGGCAGUUACACGCUCAUCCACCUCCCGUACUAUUUCCAUGGCUGUGGGCACACCGUUCACAACAACUCUCUCUACUACCACAAAGGAGGCUCCAACACCAUAGUGAGAUUUGAAUUUGGCAAAGAGACAUCCCAAACUCUGAAGCUUGAAAAUGCCUUGUAUUUUGAUCGAAAAUACCUCUUUGCAAAUUCCAAGACGUACUUCAAUUUAGCUGUAGAUGAAAAGGGCCUUUGGAUUAUCUAUGCUUCCAGUGUGGAUGGCUCGAGCAUCCUUGUCGCACAGCUGGAUGGGAAGACCUUCUCUGUGGUGCAGCACAUCAACACCACGUACCCAAAAUCCAAGGCUGGCAACGCCUUCAUUGCCCGAGGGAUCCUCUAUGUCACGGACACCAAAGAUAUGAGGAUAACAUUUGCCUUUGAUUUGUUAGGAGGGAAACAGAUCAAUGCAAACUUCGAUUUAAGAACUUCCCCAUCUGUUCUUGCCAUGUUAUCAUACAAUAUGAGAGACCAGAAUUUAUAUUCUUGGGAAGAUGGCCAUUUAAUGCUUUAUCCUGUACAGUUUUUGUCAGCUACAUUAAACCAGUGA